AUGGAACUAGGUUACAGAUGGGUGUUCAUCUUGGCAGGUGUAGUUCUAGUCGCAACCUUUUUGACAGUAAUGAAGAUCUUUGUUGGAGAAAUUGUUUCAGAGAGGUUCUCUGUGUCGAGACGUAGAUUUGAUGGAGGAGAUUAUGGAGAAGAGAUGCAAGAUCCUAAAGAUUAUGUGAAGAAGUUUAGCUUUAGUAUGAUGUUGAUGAGUGUGUUGGAGAUGGAACCUGGAGAACCACUUGGUUUGGAGUUACUAAAAGAUUUCCUCACAUUUAUGAAAGGCUUUGUCUCCAUUCCAAUUAACCUUCCAUGGACACACCAUGGCAAGGCCAUCAAGGCUCGUAGCAGGAUCGCAUCCACAUUGAAACAAAUACUAAAAGAAAAGGACUCUUUUAAUGAGAUAAUGUUAUUGAAAGGAAAAUUGAGUGAUGUGGAAAAAGUGAGCAUUGUACUAGACCUUCUUUUUGCAGGUUUUGAAACAACCUCUGGACUUUUGUCUCUACUAGUUUAUUUUCUUGCUAAAUCAUCACAAGCUCUUCAAAAUUUGAAGGAUGAACACCGCGCAUUAAGGAGAAAGAAAAAAGGGGGGGAACCCCUAAAUUGGGAAGAUUAUAAGCAAAUGGAAUUCACCAUGAUGGUCAUAAAUGAAACUCUACGUUGUGGAAAUUUAGUGAAGUUUGUACUCAGGGAAGCUAUUAAGGAUGUAGACUUCAAAGGAUAUCAUAUUUCAGCAGGAUGGAAAAUACUCCCUAUAUUUUCUUCGAUGCAUCUUGAUCCAUCGUUGCAUGAAAAUCCAUCGGAGUUUAACCCUUGGAGAUGGACCGAUCCAGCCACAAGCAAAAAGGUGACCCCAUUUGGUGGUGGAUUGAGGAUGUGUCCUGGAUCCGAGCUUGCCAGAUUAGAAGCAGCUUUUUUCCUACAUCAUCUUGUCCUCAAUUACAGGUGGACAAUGAAAGAAGAUGAAUAUCCAAUGUUGUGCCCAUAUAUGGACUUCCCAAAAGGACUGAUAAUAGCUUUGGAGGCAGAAACAACUGAUCUUUAA